UCCAAGAUGGCGGAGAUCGGAGAUGAAUUUAUGAUUGGUGGCAGGAAAUUAGCGCAGCUAAAAAACGAUGAACUCAAGCAGGAACUGGAAAAAAGAGGCCUGAAGAAGAGUGGGAAUAAGGCAGUUCUCGUUGAGAGACUUAGCGAGUAUCUCUUUAAGGAGCUCUAUGAAAAACCCCAACAACAUCCUGUUCCACAAACUUCAGUUCAACAAACAAUUCAACAGCAGCACACUGCAUUCCAAGAACAACCUUUGACAGUGCAGCAGACUAUCCAAUCCCAAACCAUACAGCAACAGUCACCAUCCUAUCAAAAUCAACCAUUCCAGCAAUUUCCUGGUCAACAUCAAGGUGUACCAUAUCAGCAACUAGGACAGCCACAAGGAGCCCAAAUACUCUCACCACAAAGGACCCAACAACCGGUGGCAUUCUUCCAGCAGUCUCCACAACGAGAACAACAACAGGGCUUUCAGUCACCACCACAUAAAGAGCCUGCAUUUCUCCCACACUCACCACAAAACCAACCAGUAUUUCACCCACAAGUACCUAGUCAAACUUCUGCUUUACAUCAUUCAAACAUUAACCAACAACAACAGAUGCAACAUCAGCAAAAUGUGCUUCAAGAUCAAUUUUAUCACCAAGUAAAUCAACAACCUCCGCAGCAACGACACUUUCAACAAGGACAGCAAGAUCCAAUAUUGCAGUUUAUGGAACAAUAUCAACACCAACAGCAGCAGCCACGGCAGGUCCAACAACGAGUGUUUGAUCCCCAGCAACUGAAUCAGAACAUGGUGCAACAGCAGGGUGUACCACCACAGGUAGCCCAGGAGAUGACAAAGCAGGAAGCUGUACCUCCAUUUGAGGCCCAAGGGCUACAACAGGAAUCAGCCAUGCCAGAAGGCACAGAGUCCAAUUCUUUUAGGGAGCAAUCUCCAGGUGGAGAAUCUUCUUCAUCUUCAACCAUUAUUGAGGAAGAUGAACAAAGUUUCCCGCCUCAACCACCCAAACAGGAGCAGGCACCAAUGGAAGAAGAGCCAGAUAAUUCAGAAAGUACUAGCUCCAGUCAGCCAUCACCAGCUGAAGUAGAAAAGAGUGAGGAACCCUCACCUGCCCUUCAAUAUACCAAGGAGGAUGAAUCAUCAUCUGGGGGUACAUCACCAGCUGAGGUAGAGAAGAGUGAGGAACCCUCACCUGCCCUUCAUGAUACCAAGGAAGAUGAAUCAUCAUCUGGGGGGACAUCACCUACUGAUAGGAGUCAGGAACCAUCCCCUGCACCAGAACUAAGUGCUUUAAACCAAGAGGCCCAGGAAGAACAACAAGAAACAGUUGAGGUUAAAGAAAAUUUGGACAAGGAGAAGUCAGAGGCCAAUAGUGAUGCUGAAAAUAUGGAACAAAGUCCUAAGGAAGAUGACAAACCUGAGGAAAUAGGUGGAAAAAGAUUGACAAAAGUUGAAGAAAUGGUUGAUGAAAAUUCGAAGGAAGCUGGCCAAGCUGAAGGAAAGGAUGGUCAAAGUUUGAGAGAAUCAAGUCAGGCUGAUUCAGAAGAGAAAACUGAUCAAAGUCCAUCUGGAUCAGGAGGUUUAGAAGAAGGUGAGGUGGAUGCUAGCAGCAAUGAAGACAGUAAGGAAAUCCAAGAAGAAUCUGUGGUAUCAAGUAGUGAGCCUGGAUUUGUUAUUGAACCAACUGAGGAAGAGAAAGCUGUUGCUGAAGAACCAAAGCCAGUGGAAAAAAAGCCAAGGACUCCUAUCAUUACAAAGAAAAGAAGGAUUUCCAUUCCUUCUUCAGGAUCCCAACCAGGCACUCCACCAGCUGAAGGCACAAGGAAAAGAAGAUGGGGCUCAGCCUCCAAGACUUCAAAACCAAUCAGUACAGAAUCACUUAAAGAUCUCAUCCCUGGUGUACAAGUUCAUUCCACUCCUGCUCUGGAAGCUGUGAUGGACUUUGGUAAUGAGGACCAGGAUGAUGGCGAUGAGAGAGAGGCAGGUGAGGUGGUUGAUGACGAUGAUGAUGAAAUGAACAAGGAGAACAGGGAAAAGGACAGUGAUGAACAGGAGACAGAAAAAAUAGAACCAGAACCAAAGAAAAGAAAAGAACGUAUUGUAAAGGUAGAAGAAGGGAGAAAAAAGAUCAAAAUCAAUCGACAAAGUCUUGAUCCGGAGGCAAACAAAAAGGAGGUCGAAGGAGCUCAACCUUCAUUGUCCAACACAGAUCAUAAGUUUCCAGCUAUUCCUAUAUUAAGUCAGUCACCCCUACCGGCAGAGCACUCACCCUCCCCUGCUAGAAACGCAGAGAGUGUGAACGUCCAUGUGAAGAACCUGGUUAGGCCGUUUACUGAGAGACAGCUUAAGGAACUACUUGGAAAAACAGGAACACUGAAGGAAGGUGGAUUCUGGAUUGACAAGAUCAAAUCACAUUGCUAUGCAAUUUACACAGACGUAGAAGGUGCAGUAGCCACAAGAGCAGCCUUACAUGGUGUCAAGUGGCCACAGACAAGUCCCAAAAUACUUAGUGUUGAAUUUGAAGAUGAUGAGCAGAUGGCUACUGAUACUAAUGGAGUUCUGGGAAAGAAAAGAAAGGAAGUUGAACAGCCUGUAAAAGAAGAUACCAAAGUAGAGAAGGAACCAGUAAAAGAGGAAGAAGUAGAAGAAAAGCCAGUUGAAGAAGACAACAGCCCUGCCGAUUUAUUAGAUAACCUCUUCCGAAAAACGAAGACGACUCCUUGUCUUUACUGGUUACCCCUGACGACAGAACAGAUUUUGAAACGCGACUACGAAAGAGAAGAGAAACGAAAGCGAAGGGAAGAAGAGAGGAAAAAAGAUGACGAAGAUAGAGAAAAAAGACAAAAAGAACGGGAAGAGCAGAGGGAGCGUGAACGUGAAAGAGAACGGGGACAACAAACGAGAAAUCGUGUUCGUGAUCGUUCCCCAGAUCGAGACAGGUCACGUGAAAACCGCGGAGGACGAAUGAGGUCCAAAUCUCCCGACAGACGUAGAUUCUCUCGAAGUCGUAGUCGAAGUAACCGACGAAGAUGAAAGCUUUUAUUACGUUUUGUUCAUUUUUAAUGUCUAAUACUUUCCACCCUUUUCUCUGCUACGCGGUAAUCGAGCAAUUGUUGUCUCGAUCAGAGCGUAACAAGCAAAACAGUGGUAACAUAUGAGGCAUAAUCAGUUCUCUGAAAAUGACACAAACCACUCACUACUUUAACGAAUGUACAUGCAUACUCAAUCUAUGUUAUAUUACUAGUAUGCGCCUUGUAUAUUACUAGUAUCCUUUAGAUAUAUUGUUUUACAUGGGUGGGGUGUAUGUUCUACUUAAAACUCAUAACAUUUUCUGUACUACCCUCGUGAAAAAGUGCGACGCUGAGAUAACAGCUAUUCUGAUACACAGAAGAACUGUUUUUAAGUUGUUAAAUUUAGAUGCCUUUCUAAGAAGAGAUUAGGGAGAACAAAUAUGAAAGGAGUGGGUUUUCUUUUAUUCAGUUUUCUCUCUCUCUCAAUUUUCCUAUCCCACCGCAAACCUUGCUCCACUGUGUUCACUUUACCAACACACGGGGAACAUUAGCUAUAAACUAUUUUAUUACCGUGUAUAAAUGCAGCACGAUAAUGUGACAAACCUCCCUCCAUGAUUUCUUUAUUUAUCCUUGUACUGCGAGAUCCUUAAUUCUUAGGAACCAGCUCAAUUAUAAUUUAGUGUAUAAACCAUCUGGAAAAAAAGGGUCCCUUAUUUUUACAUAAAUCAAACUUUAAUUUUAUAGUACUGAUAAGUUUGCUCCGUUACUAAUGUUACCAUGAGAAGAUUAAACGUGUGUUUUCAAAAUGGUCGGUGCAUUAAAGGGGCAUUAAAGUCUAGCAUCGCAAAUUAUUAAUAAAACCACUUUGCCAAUAAAACUUAUGUUGCUGGGUAA